AACCCAAAAAACCCCCCACUCAGUCACUCUUGUGUUCGUUCAGUUCAGUUCCUGCUUUUCUCUGAGUGAAGAAAAAAAAAAAAACGAACGUUACGAGAGAGAGAGCCAUGGAAGCAAUACUCGUAGAUUGCGCGCAGAAGAGUCUUCGCCAUUUCAUGCACUCCAAUGCCAUCUUCAUCUCGCAGCGUCUCUGUGCUCAGUUUCCCUCCGAGACAAACUUGCAAUUGUUAGCUGGCUGUUAUUUGCAGAGCAAUCAAGCUUAUUGUGCAUACCAUAUCUUAAAGGGAACCCAAAUGGCUCAAUCUCGGUACUUGUUUGCGAUAUCUUGCUUUCAUAUGGAUCUUCUUAGCGAAGCUGAAGCUGCAUUACGUCCUGCCGAUGAGCCUGGUGCAGAGGUUCCAAACGGUGCAGCUGGUCAUUAUCUAUUAGGGCUCAUUUACAGAUGCACUGACAGAAGGAAAAAUGCCAUACAACAUUUCAAGCAGGCACUGUCAAUGGAUCCUCUUAUGUGGGCUGCAUAUGAGGAGUUGUGUAUAUUAGGUGCUGCUGAAGAAGCAACUGUAGUUUUUGGUGAAGCAGCAGCUUUUUGCUUACAAAAGCAAUACCUGAAUUGUUCAACCUCUCCAAACUCACAUAUGUCACCUGAACAUAGUAAUGAAGUUGCCGCAAGACCUUGUAUGUCUGAAGAAGCGAGUCCAAGGCAACUCAAACAAAUGCAAAGUCUCAAGGAUAUUGCUACAUAUCAUCAUGGAGCAUCUAUUUUAGGAGGAGCUGCUGGUCAACCUAUUAAUAGCAGUUCAUCUAACAUGUCAUAUUAUAACACCCCAUCUCCAAUGGUUGCACAGUUGUCAAGUGUUGCUCCACCGCCGUUGUGUAGGAAUGUGCUGCCAAAUGGCCAAAAUCUUACUACACUUAGUACUGACAGUUCUCCUAAGUCAACAGUAAACUCUCCUAUUCAAGCCCCUCGAAGAAAGUUUGUGGGUGAAGGAAAGUUACGAAAGAUUUCGGGUAGAUUGUUUUCUGAUUCUGGUCCUCGGCGUAGUUCACGACUUUCUAGUGACUCAAGUGUAAACACAAAUGCUAAUUCAACUGUUGUAUCUGGAAAUGGAACCAAUAACUCUUACAAGGGAGGUUCAAAGCUAAACCAUAUGGCAUUUCGUACCAUGGCAAUUCGUAAAGGGCAGUCAUGGGCCAAUGAAAACAUUGAUGAAGGAAUUUGUAAUGAUGUUCCAGAUGAUUCUUCUUUAAAUCGUACAUCUAUAAAUUCUUGUUCAUCUCCUGUCAUUGAAGCCAAAUCUUAUGAGCAAGAAGCAGCAACUUUUCACAUUGGUGGGCAAGUAACAAGUGGUUCUAAGGUCAUCACUGGCACUUCAGAAAUAUUAACCCUUCUAAGAGUUCUUGGUGAAGGCUAUAGACUUGCCUGUUUAUAUAGGUGCCAGGAUGCUCUGGAUACCUAUCUGAAACUUCCACAGAAGCAUUACAACACUGGCUGGGUUCUUUCUCAGGUUGGGAAAGCAUACUUUGAGCUAGUUGAUUAUUUAGAAGCUGAUUGUGCCUUUAGUCGUGCUCGUCAGAUUACACCUUAUAGUUUGGAAGGAAUGGAUAUACACUCGACAGUCCUUUAUCAUUUAAAGGAAGAUAUGAAGCUAAGUUACCUGGCACAGGAACUGAUUUCAACUGAUCGCUUAGCUCCUCAAUCUUGGUGUGCCAUGGGUAAUUGCUACAGUCUACAGAAAGAUCAUGAAACUGCACUGAAGAAUUUUCAACGAGCUGUUCAACUGAAUCCCAGAUUUGCAUAUGCACACACCCUUUGUGGACAUGAGUAUGUUGCACUAGAAGAUUUUGAAAAUGGGAUUAAGUGCUACCAUAGUGCACUCAGGGUUGAUUCAAGGCACUACAACGCAUGGUAUGGACUUGGAAUGCUAUAUCUUCGCCAAGAGAAGUAUGAGUUCUCUGAACAUCAUUUCCAUAUGGCCUACCAAAUCAACCCACGAUCUUCUGUUAUAUUGUCAUACCUUGGAACUGCUUUGCAUGCUUUAAAGAGAAGCGGGGAAGCAUUGGCCAUAAUGGAGAAGGCUAUAUUGGAAGAUAAGAAAAAUCCACUUCCCAUGUAUCAAAAAGCCAGCAUACUCGUAAGCUUAGAAAGAAUUGACGAGGCUUUGGAUGUCCUUGAGGAGCUGAAAGAGGCGCAACCUCGUGAAAGUAGUGUCUAUGCUUUGAUGGGCAAUAUCUAUAGAAGGCGUCACAUGCAUGAGAGAGCAAUGUUUCAUUAUGGUGUUGCUUUGGAUUUGAAACCAUCUAUAACAGAUGCUGCUAUGAUUAAGGCUGCUGUUGAGAAAUUGAUUAUACCUGAUGAGUUCCAAGACGAAGAUGACUCUUAGCUCUACCUUUGAAGUGCAAGAUUUGAAUUAUAAGGAUUUGAUUUCCGGCUAGUUGUGUAUACAAGCAGCACAAAUGCUCGAGUGAGUAUUCAUUCAAUGUUCAAACAAUCAUCAGUCCAUCUAAUUUUCGAAACUUUAGAACUGCACACAGUUUUGUAGGAAAGUCGAAUAGGGUUAGAGAUGAUGUAACAGAGGUACCGAGAAGCUCCUAUACUUGUACAAAUAGUUGCAUUAGGGAUAAAUAGGUGUACCAUAAGUUUAUCUAUUCAUUUGUCUAUAAAUCAAUGCUUUAGUCUAUCAUCUCUGGUUUAAAUCA